GACCGCGUGAAAAGCUGCAUCAUUUUCAUUAUAAGAACGUGUACAUCUUCUAGCGAUGUUCAGAAGUGAGUGUGCAUGACAUCCAUCGUUAAGAUACAGUCCAACGAGAGUUGAGUCACACAAGUACAAGAAGAGAGAUUAUAGAGCUUCCAAGAACCUUGUUGCAUCAAUCAAGGUAACAAACGACCUUGAUACUUUGCUCGGGCACGCCCUGUAAGGAUUUUGCAGAAUCUGAAGCCUUCUUCAACAACGCAUAGGUGCUUGAGGUGGCGCGAAGGAGGACACUUGUCCACGCGAUCCGACUGGCAGUGGAGACGGGUGCGGUGAAGUGUUUCGGCUCAACAACUCGGUGGAUGAGGAAUCUCUCAACAGAUUCUCUGUUGCAUGAUAAUCUGAAGAACAAAGGAGGAUAUUCAUUUUGGAAGGACAGAAAAUGGGUCGAAAUCAAAGCUGGACGAAAGUUGUAACGUGGUCCACUCUGCAUGAGUAUCCAUAUUCCAUGCUGGCCUUGACGGCAUACUUGUACUACAUCAUGAUAUUUUUCAAUCCUCUGAAGUUCGUCAUGAACAUGCUGCUGCAUAGACUUCCCUCACUAAUACUGGACGUGUCACCUUUAGUCAUGGUCAUGCUGUUCUUCAUCGCGACUGGAUCUAACAAUCCAAGUGCAAGUGCAUCAAGCUUGAACUCUAGAUGCACAGUGAUUUCUCCCACAAUCAACUCAAGCAAAAGGGAAAAUUCUAUCCACAGAGAAAGUUCAUUGACCAGAAGUUCUUAUCCUAGGUCCUGGCCAAGUUGGGAUUGGUUGCAGCCUUAUGAUCCAGAUUUGUUCUUACGACCUGAGAAAAAGAUGGGGAGCAAAGCGGGAGACACCGAUUGGAAAAAUCCAAGUGGAAGGUCAGCAGAGCCAAGGGUCCAAGAAUCAAGUUCAGCCAUGGAUAGAAGCAAUUCUGUUGUAGCAUGUACAUGUGAAGGGUGUACAUACAGUAGGAGAUCAGAAGGUCAAGCACCUUUGGAUGAACCAGCUCAGCAGCCGACUCCUCGGUCAGAUCCAAUUUUUCGGGUUCAGAGAAGCUCAGGAGAAAAGAAAUUAUCCAAGGAGAGUCGUGAUUAUGAGAAAGUCAUUGAUCCAGUUCAGCAAGCUUUGGAGGGACGUACCUCAUUGGCGAUCAAGAAAAGCCAUGGUGCAACGAGUGCCAUUGCGGGCGGAGAUGAGAAAGUUACCGCUACCGAAUUCGAGAUUCAAGUUACUGCAGCUGAAAUGGGUGAGCAUCAAAGCACCAGAUCAAAAUCUGCUGGUCCAGUCCAUGCUGAUCCAUGUGAACGACUUGCUAAUACGAUUAGGGCUGGUGGCUACUUCAACGCUCUUCCAGACCCACAGCCAGUCUCUCAAGCCAGCCCAGAGGUCUCGGCAGCAGAUCCCGGUCAGUAUAAAAAUGGCAAGAUCAAUGAAGUGGAGGAUCCACCAGAUGUUAUUACUUCUCAUUCUCAGCUUUUCUCUGUUGGGAGCUUGAAUGACUGGAGCCAGCUUCACUGCGGUCAAGACGAGAUAUCUGACGAUAACGUCGGAGAUCAGCGAGGAGAAGAAAGCGAAAUUGUUUUUCCGAUAACAUUGGAAGCCAUCAACCGUCCGUCUCCACACACUGAAGUGAACCAAGAUCGUGUAAGUGUUCCCUCAACUUCUAAAAACUUCAUUGGAUUGAAGGCAGUCCCAUGUACUGCUGCAGCAGAACCACUGCCCGUGAUCAAAGAUCCAGGUUUUUUUAGCGAGCUCGGAUCACUUCCUCUGGAGAAGGUUUCGCAGCUCUACUCAUUCAAACACAUGACUCUGGAUGAGAAGAAUGAGGAAAAGGCCUAUUGGGUGGAGAAGUGGAGAAGAUGUGGAGAAGUGGAGUCAAGGCACAAAGCCCCACCAGACAAAAAUCUGUUUCAGGGCCUUACCUUAUCAGCUUCUUUUCGCCAUGCCUCAGUCGACAAUGACACCUACAAGCCCAGCGCUCCUCCCUUCGAUCCCCUUCUCUUCUAUGACAAUUUUAUCAAGGAUCGAGGGUUUGCAAAUCCUUCUGUGUUUUUCAAGACAUACAAACCUUUCGUCACUGAUGAAGGGAAUGUCUUUCUCUUCAAUUUCCAAGAGCCAGAGAGUUCCUUGCUCCACCUUUGUGGAAGGUAUUGAUAUCCCUGAGUGACUUAUGUUCGCAGUCCUUACAGGAAAAAUUAUUUAUUGACAAGUGGACUUUGAGUCAAGUAUCAACGACCAUUUGGUUGCUUCUUGGUGAUACAUAUGUCACGUUGGUUCGAUUUACCCCCAUCAGUUAUCUGCAAAUGAGUAGAUUCUGACAGAGAGUUGAAGCUCAAUCCAUCUCCUAUUAUCCCUUGUAUUGCUAGAGUGGUUGUGUGGUCUGUUCAUGCAGUUUCAUGAUCAGAGAGAUCCGGACCUUUAAUUGGCUUGAAGUAAAGGUUAAGUUGUCGUUAAUGCAACGACAUUUGACACUGUGGUUACCGUUGCCUUGAGACGACCAACUAAAGGAGCCUCAAACUUGAGCCUCACUACGAAGGUCCACAACGAUAGUACAGAACACGAGGGACAGAUAAUCCUUCCAUCGUGCAUGGAGUGCAGGACGUGAUGUCGAUCACUCAAAAGUCGAAAGGUUUUGACUUCCCGAUGAUCAGGGUGGAGUGGUUUAUACAUGAUCAUAACUAAAAAUACAAUAUAGUAGGCACCGUUCUAGCAUUGUGUAGGACUGUAGACUCACCUCUAGUAGUGGUGGGAUGCUUAUCUGACACUAUUCUAAUACCUUCAAGAUUAUAGAUGACCAUCGUGAGGUGAUUACUUGGUCUCAUCUUUUCAUCUUUGGGUCCCACGGGCUUUACCAUUUACCAUUUUACCAUUUUGAU